AUGGGACUGUACACUGAGCUUCCACAGGACGUCCAGGAGGUUGAUGUGAUUAUAGCCGGAGGCGGUACCGCCGGCUGCAUCGUCGCAGCCAGGCUGGCCGACGCAGAUCCCGACCUCUCCGUCCUCGUUAUUGAGGAGGGUACCAACAAUCUGGGGAACCCAAUGAUCUCCAAGCCGGCCUUCUGCUAUACCCACGCAUUACCUGGAGGCCAGACCACUAGGCUUUACAAAGGUAUCAAGGAACCUAAUAUUGCUGGCAGAGAGAUUCAUGUCCACUCUGGAGCCAUUCUUAGAGGCGGCUCUGCCAUAAACAUGAUGAUGUAUACACGAGGGCAGCGAUCAGACUAUGAUGCUUGGCAGACUCCUGGCUGGUCAGCUGAUGACAUGCUUCACUAUCUGAAGAAGUUUGAGAUUUACCACGGCCUUGGGCAGCAAGCCUAUCAUGGCGACGAUGGCCCAAUCCAUGUAUCCGAUGGAGAUCCCACUUCCGUCCCAGUCGGCCAAUACAUCGCCGUAUCAAGCUUUACUGUCUAUCCGUACUCACGUGGUCAUAUCCACAUAAGCGGGCCCUUGCUGGAUGACGAGCCAGAGUUCGCCAGCGGCUUCUUUUCAGAUACCGCAGGGCUAGACAUCAAGAAGCACGUAUGGGCCUACAAGGCCCAGCGCGAGAUAAUCCGACGCAUGGCCUGCUACCGCGCUCCCCCCUCGCCCGAGGCCACGCGACGCAUCGCGUACACGGCUGAAGACGACGCCGUGCUGGAGAAGUGGCUGCGGGAGAACGUCAACACCACAUGGCACUCCCUUGGCACGUGCCGGAUGGGUGCGCGGGCGGAGAUGGGGGUUGUCGACCCGGGACGGGGCGUGUACGGGGUCAGCGGCCUCAAGAUCGCCGACAUGAGCAUCGCGCUGCAGAACGUGGCGGCAAAUACGGCCAGCACGGCGAUGGCUAUCGGGGAGAAGGCGGCUGAUCUCUUCAUACGGGAGCUUGGCCUGGCCAAGCAUUAG